UCUAUCGAGACAGUAGUUGGAUCGUUUUUGUAGCAACGGUGGACACGAUUUUGAAAAAGUAAAGUUUAUUUUUAGUCUAGACAAAUAAAAAAAGGCGAAUUAAGACGCGCGUUACUGACAAUUUUGUGAUUUUAAAAAUAUUUUCUACGAUUUACUAACGAAAUUAUCGGUCGAACAACCUGUGGUGAGGCUAGCCGUUUUAACUUCCGCAGGAUUUGGGAAGUGUGUUCCGGUUUUUUGUAUGGCCGAAAAUUGUACAAGUUGGUUAGGUUUGUUCUAGAAGUGUGUGCGUGAAAACAGGAAUCCAGCCGGGAGGAGUUGCGAAGUCGAUUCUCCGGGGCCGUUCGUUUUCCAUGCCCAUAGAAUAUUGUCUACAUCGAAUAAGUGCGAAUGGUAUUCGUUUCGAUUUAUGAAGAAAAAAUGUGCUCAAAGAAUAAAGGGUCGUCAAACUUCGAAUCCUAUCGAAAUUCAAUUGAAUAAACCUCUGCCCGCUUUCAAUUUUAUGGUUCAUAAAAGCAAAAAGUGUUAAAGAGAAGGCAGUUGAAAAUUUUCCUGAAAUCUUAUCCCUGAAAAGGGAGCAGGUGCAGAAUCCCAACCCAGGAGUAUAAAAAGUAUUUCUACAUCAGUGUGUUAGUGCAAAGAUUAAAGAAGGGCGAUUCCACCCCUCCACCAGAAGUGAAGUAAAGUGGCCACUUUCUGGAAAUUGAUAAUCCGAGUGUCUGUGUCUUUUUCGGUUUCCGAGGUCUUCAAACCAAAAGUGUGUCCCCCUCUCAGAUGUGUUGCUAAGCUACUUAAAAGCGAAGAAGAACCAAAAUCUCGACCCCUCCCACACAAUUCUCCCCCCACUGACAAGCCACCAGGGAAAUGGCCGUGGCUUGUCUGAAGACUUCGAAUCUCCUGUACUCGUCAUCGUCGCCUUCCGGUUCUCUACUGUCCGGUGCCAGCUCCCUCGGAGCCGCGAGCACAUCCUCGGCCACAAUGAACGGUGCCAGCGGAGGCCAUUUGGCGGCCACCAGUCAGCUUACCCGGUCCCUGGAACGGAUCCUUGAGGAUGCCAACCUGAGCGGGGAGUUGAAGCUGAGCGGCCGGAAGCUGAAGGAUUUUCCCAAGGCUGCCGGGAAGUUCAACCUCAGCGAUACGGUUAUUGCAGAUCUAUCCCGAAAUCGGUUCUGCGAACUGCCCGAGGACAUCACAUCGCUGGCCUUUCUCGAGCGGCUGCUCGUCUUUCACAACGCGAUCCGCUCGAUUCCGGACACGAUCCGCGGACUGCAUUCACUAACAUACUUAGAUCUAAGGAACAACCAGCUGGCGGUGCUACCGAGAGAGAUUUGCUUCCUGCCGUUGCAGGUGCUUCUCCUCUCCAACAACCGACUGGUGACGCUCCCGGACGAGCUCGGGCGGAUGGAGGAACUGACCGAGCUCGAUGCCGCCUGCAACCAGAUCACACAUCUUCCUCCCCGGAUGGGCGACCUCCGGAAUUUGCGAUCGCUAACACUCCGGAACAAUCAGCUGGUGUACCUGCCCCGGGAUCUCACCUGUCUGCAGCUGGUGUUCCUGGAUAUCAGCAGCAACAAAAUUGCCACCCUGCCGGUGGAGCUGCGACUCAUGGGCACCCUGGUGGAUCUGGAGCUGUCCAACAACCCGCUGACCUCACCACCGGCAAGUUUAUGCGUCCGAGGCUUAGUUCACGUGUUCAAAUUCCUGGAAACGGCCGCAACCAAAGAGGAAAAAUCCAAAAGUGGCCUCGAUGGUCACGCCACCCUUCGGAGGUCGGCCCUGGGAUCGAAGAAUUCGUCCGGCAGCUUGUUGGACAACAGCCGGAACCGGAGAGCUCACGUAGACUCCGGUUACAGUACCAGUGAUGGCGGAUUCGAUGGUAAGCGUUGGUCUCAGGAAGAACCGCACGAGUUUAGCACCUCCUACUAUAAUAGCACAAGCAAUAGCACAAGCACAACGACCGGAAAUGGUAGUGGCACCUAUUCGCCGAAAUGGUCACCCGUUCCGUUGCACACCGGUUUCGUGACCGGGAAGCCACCACCCACACCACCUGCACUGGGCAACUCGACCGCGAGUCCCUGCCAUAGUUCUACUAAUAUGUUAUCGUCUACCACAGGUGGAAGCGGGUUUUCAGCUUUACUAAGCGGCGGAUCUGGGGAACGAACCUUGGAAGAGGAGUUCAGGAGAGGUGUCGCACUGCAGGAGCAAGCAGAGCGGAGAAAGCUAGCAAAUAAUAAUAGUAACGAUAUUUCACCGGAAGGAGAUCUUACCCCUGAUAGUAUGAAGGCUGACGAUAAAAUGCGCUCGUUAGGAAAUAUUCAAACUUAUAGGGAAUACAAGGAAGCGCUCCGUCAGCAACGGGCUCAAAGUGACAUCUACCGACCCAAAGAUCAACAGGCACACACCCCGGACAGUGGAGGCUCGACGGCAGAUUCUCCGCUGAGCAACUUCUCCCCCUACAACAAAUCGCAAGCGACCACACCUUCACCUUCCGUCUACAGUAGCAGUAACCAAAGUUCACCACUCUCACCUCAUCAUGGUAACAUCCACAAGCUGAACCAAAUCAACGCCAACAACGGCGGUACAACGGCCACGUUCAAUCCGGGCAACAGCUCUAGUCCACUACUAUCGCCAAACCGAAACGCCAACGUUGCCCCAUUCGAGGAUUCCGGCACUGGCACAACGAACAGCACCUCUUCAACCCCGAACAAGAGGCCCGUUCAAAAGGUCAUUCCAUCACGAAAUAUUACCUCCACAUAUCAAUCCAGCAGCCAAUCGCCGACGCAUCUGAACGGAAAUCACACGCCCUCCAAUGGCAAGAUUCCGGUCGCCAACGGAACCCCUGUAAAAACUCCGCUAACCAACAGUAGCUGUACGACCGAUUACGCUUACGUGAAACCCAACAGUCCCUGUAAGGCUUCCAGUGGUAUAUUGUCCCACAACAAUGUUCCUUCGUCGAUUCCGAAACCGACCGCGAAUGGGGGAAGUAGUUCCCCGAAUGGGAACCAAAAACCCCUAACCGCAACGGUCGGUUACGUUAACAACGGCAAACCGGGGCAGAAAACAAAUAAAACUGUCUCCUGGAAUCGGGACGUACCCACGACGGAUAAGCUGAGCUUUACGAUGCCGGAGUUUGACAAGCAGAAGGAGGAAACCGAACUGAUCGAUCAGUUGCGACAUAUAAUUGAAGCGCGACUGAAGAUGACCCUGCCGGAGGACAUUGCUCCGGCCCUGACCGACGGGGUGGUGCUGUGUCAUCUGGCGAAUCACGUGCGGCCCCGGUCAGUCAACAGCAUCCACGUGCCGUCGCCGGCGGUGCCAAAGCUUACCAUGGCACGGUGCAGGCGAAACGUGGACAAUUUCCUCGAUGCCUGCCGGAAGAUCGGAGUCGAUGAGGAGUUGAUAUGCUCCUGUCAGGACAUCGUGCCCGCGUCAUCCCCACCUCAACAACAACCUCCGCCUUCGUCGACGGGAUCGUCUUCGUCGCUAAAUGAAUCGACCACCGAAGAAGAUACGGAACUCGUAGACCAACCUCCAAAUCCUAUGGCAAUGUUCCGCACGAUUGCGGCACUGCUUCAGAGGGCCGAAGAUCUAUCGGUGAUCGGUCAACAACAACCACAGGCAGCCCAAUCUGCGCUGUGUCGGCCAUCAGGUCCACCCCCUCCUCCACCAACUACAAACCAAGCCAAGGCCAACCCUAGCACUACCACAGUCACACUCACUGCAGCCAACACCAAUACAACCACCAAAACCGCAACCGAAAUGAUCGGCGACGAAGAUCGUCGUCAUGUGGCGGCCUUCGAGCCCAACUACAAGGUGUCCUCCCACGAUGCGCUUACUCACAAUAUCCCAAGUGCCACUAACGAUUACAGCAAUCCUCCACAAACCAAUCAUAACCUACAAACGAACAACCAUUUACGUAACAACAGCCCAAAAACGAACGCGAACACCUUGCUGGAGUACCACUUCGAAUUCGAUCAACAGCAAGUUCAGCAUCAGGGAGGAGAAUCCGAGCGGGAGGAUGUGUUGAUGGUUCAGGCCAGGCUUAGGGCGUUCUCAGGGAGCGGUGGAGGAGGGCCUAGCGAAAUGCACGAAACUCGGCAGGUUCCGGUUUCGUUGGAUCUUGAACAGUCGAACGGAUCUUCGGCAUCGGCUGUGCGUCGUAAGCGAAAGUUUCCCAGUAACAAGUUCAACGGGGCAAGGCGCCAGGAGCAGCAAUCGUCCGGUACAGCAAACCUAAACGAGAUCAUCGAAGAGUGCGAGUACGAUAGCGAUAUAGGGAAGUUCCGUUGCCGCCAGGACGAAGACUACGAAGAUUCGGAAACGUCGCUAAACUCCAUGGAUGAAGAGUCGGCUUUCACGCCUACAAAUCCGCAACCACCCGGUCCAGGGAUCAAUGACCUAAACACUCCAACGUCGAUGGAUAUGGCGAUGAAGGGAUUCGUUGAUUUCAACAUCAACAGCGCCGAGAAUGAUCCUUCCAUAGGUGGAGGAAAGAUCGUUAGCAAAAGGAUCGAGUUUUUCGAAAAUUCAGGUUCCACCACCUCAGGAUCAGCAGAAAAAAUUGUUAACAUUAGCAACAACCAGUCGUCCAGAAGACGAAGUUUGAGCACGGAGGACAACGAAGGUCUAGCCGUGGGGAAAGACUCCAGAAGCAGCAAUAAAUCGGACCAUCCGAUCAUUUCGACCAUUCUUUGCCUUGGAACGUUCGUGUUUGCGGUCGUUUAUUUGUACUUGUACCCAUUGCCCAACUACUGAGAAGGGAAUUUUAAACCAAACUUUGUUAACCACACCCCUUUUUUAGCAAUUGUUCAUAGUUUUACCGAUUUGCAGAAACGAAAAUUUAUUUAAUUUCGACUUACGAAAACCACACUUGUACUUACACGAACAAUGAUUGUUUAUUUAAGAUUUUAUUACUAGAUUUAGUGUUUUGAUGAAAGAGAGCUGAAUUGAAUUACUUUUAGAUUCGUUUUUUUUUUGAACAUUUGAUGUCUCCACCCUACAAUUGGAAGAGCGAACAACCCCCAUCACGAGAGAUAAUUGAAAGCCGAAUUACAACCAAAAUCGAAAAAAGCGCUAAAAAUGUAAUGGAAUAAGGAAAAAAUAACAUUUUAGGUAAUAUUGAACUGCCUCGAAUGAGUAGUUUUUAGAUUCGGAGUGAAAUAUUAAAUUCAUUAUGAUUUGAUUACCAAUAUAAAACUCAUAUAAGAGAAAGAAUUUUGAUUUAGAGAUACGAAUUUAGAGUCAGAUUCAUCUGCGUAGUUCUUGAAUCUGUAGUUUGAAAUCUGAAUUAUGAAAUCAAUUCCAAUAAAAAAAAAGAAAUCCAAAUCGGAAAUCAGAUCGAACACUGAAUCGGUAAAAUUUGAAUUUUGAAACGAAAAUCUUCAUCUGAUAUCUGAUUUUAAAAUUUUAACCUGAAUCUGCGGUCUUUAUUUGAAAUCUGAAUUCUAAGACUCAAAUCUCUAUCUAAAAACUGAAUCUUUAAAUCUGAAAUGUAAAUCUGAAUCUGGAAUCAGAAAUUAAAAAUUUAUCGCUUCGAAAAAUUGAAAUAAAAGCUAAUAAACUAAUAAAUAAAUAAAUAAAUAAAUAAAUAAAUAACUGAAUCCGAAAUCUUUAACUCAAUCUGAAAUUUAAAUUUACAAUAUGAUUCAAUUCAGAUUCUUAAAUCUACAUCGAAAAUCUAAAAAAAGAUCAGAAGUAUAAAAUUUUAAGCGAAAAUCUGAAUCUGAAAUCAGAAAUAUCAAGCUGAAGCAAUUUGGGUUCGAAAUCUGAAUCCUAAAAUUAUAAUCUGAAUCUGAAAUUUUAAAUGUUUGAUUAGAAAUCUGAAUUUAUAAUUUGAAAUUUAAAUAUGAAUCUGCAAUCUGAAUCUGAAAUCUGCAAUCUAAAAUCUGAAUCAGAAUUCUUCAGCUGUAAUCUUAAUAUAAAGUCUAAAGUCGGAAUCUGAAUCUGAAAUUUUAUUCGGAAAUCUGAAUCUGAAAUCUGAAUCUGAAAUUUUAAUCUGAAAUCUGAAAUCUUAAAUCUGAAUUUUAAAUCUGUAAUCUGAAAUCUUAAAUCUGAUUUAGAAUUCUUAAUCUGAAAUCUGUAUAAAAAAUCUAAAGUCCGAAUCUGAAUCUGAAAUUUUUAUCGAAAACCUGAAUCUGUAAUCUGAAUCUGAAAUUUUAAUCGGAAAUCUGAUUCUGUAAUCUGAAUCUGAAAUUUUAAUCAGAAAUCUGAAUCUGAAAUCUGAAAUCUAAAUCUGAAAUCUGAGUCUGAAAUCAGAAAUCUGAAUCUGUAA